AUGGGGGCCGCGUCGGGCCGCCCGAGGCCGGCGCCGCUGCCGCGGCUCCUGCUGCUGCCGCUGCUGCUGCUGCUGCUGCGGCCGCCGCCCCCCGCCACCGGGGCGCUCGACCCCGGGCUGCAGCCGGGAAACUUUACCGCCGACGAGGCCGGAGCGCAGCUCUUCGCGCAGAGCUACAACUCCAGCUCCGAGCAGGUGCUGUUCCUGAGCACCGCCGCCAGCUGGGCGCACGACACCAACAUCACCGAGGAGAAUGCGCGGCUCCAGGAGGAAGCAGCCCUGCUCUACCAGGAGUUCACAGUGGCCUGGGGCCAGAAGGCCAAGGAGCUGUACCAGCCCAUCCUGCAAAACUUCACCGACCCGCAGCUGCGCAAGAUCAUCGAUGCCGUGUGCAUCCUGGGCUCCGCCAACCUACCCCUGACCAAGCGGCAACAGUACAACUCCCUGCUAACGAACAUGAGCAGGAUCUACUCCACUGCCAAGGUCUGCUUCCCCAACAAGACUGCCACCUGCUGGUCCCUGGACCCAGAGCUCACCGACAUCCUGGCUUCCUCACGAAGCUACGCCAUGCUGCUCUUUGCCUGGGAGGGCUGGCACGACGCCGCGGGCAUCCCGCUGAAACCCCUGUACCAAGACUUCACUGCCCUCAGCAAUGAGGCCUACAGGCAGGAUGGCUUCCCGGACACGGGGGCCUACUGGCGCUCCUGGUACGACUCACCCACCUUUGAGGAAGAUCUGGAGCGGCUCUACCACCAGUUGGAGCCCCUCUACCUGAACCUCCAUGCCUACGUCCGCCGCGCGCUGCACCGCCAAUACGGGGACACAUACGUCAACCUCAGGGGACCCAUCCCCGCUCACCUGCUGGGAAACAUGUGGGCCCAGAGCUGGGAAAACCUCUACGACCUGGUGGUGCCUUUCCCCGACAAGCCGAACCUCGACGUGACCAGUACCAUGGUGCAGAAGGGCUGGAACACAACACACAUGUUCCGGGUGGCCGAGGAGUUCUUCACCUCCCUGGGGCUGUCGCCCAUGCCACCCGAGUUCUGGGCAGAGUCCAUGCUGGAGAAACCGAGUGACGGGCGGGAGGUGGUGUGCCAUGCCUCGGCCUGGGACUUCUACAACAGGAAGGACUUCAGGAUCAAGCAGUGCACGCGGGUCACCAUGGACCAGCUGUCCACGGUGCACCAUGAGAUGGGCCACGUGCAGUACUACCUGCAGUACAAGGACCAGCCUGUCUCCCUCCGCCAAGGUGCCAACCCUGGCUUCCACGAGGCCAUUGGGGAUGUCCUGGCGCUCUCCGUCUCCACUCCAGCACAUCUGUACAAAAUCGGCCUGCUGGACCAUGUCACCAAUGACGUGGAAAGCGGCAUCAAUUACCUGCUGAAAAUGGCGCUGGAAAAAAUUGCCUUCCUGCCCUUUGGCUACUUGGUGGACCAGUGGCGCUGGGGGGUCUUUAGUGGACGUACUUCCCCUUCCCGCUACAACUUCGACUGGUGGUAUCUUCGAACCAAGUAUCAGGGGAUCUGUCCUCCACUUGUCCGAAACGAAACCCACUUUGAUGCUGGAGCUAAGUUUCAUGUCCCAAACGGGACACCAUACAUCAGGUACUUUGUGAGUUUUAUCCUGCAGUUCCAGUUCCAUAAAGCCCUGUGCAAUGAGGCAGACCACCAGGGCCCGCUGCACCAGUGUGAUAUCUACCAGUCCACCAAGGCGGGGGCCAAGCUCCGGGCGAUGCUGCAGGCGGGCUCCUCGAGGCCCUGGCAGGAGGUGCUGAAGGACAUGGUCGGCUCAGACUCCCUGGACGCUCAGCCGCUGCUGGACUACUUCCAGCCGGUCAUCCAGUGGCUCCAGGAGCAGAACCAGCAGAACGGCGAGGUUCUGGGCUGGCCAGAAUAUCAGUGGCGCCCACCGGUGCCCAACAAUUACCCAGAAGGCAUCGACCUGGUGACUGAUGAGGCUGUGGCCGAGAAGUUUGUGGCGGAAUAUGACCGGACAUCCCAGGUGGUGUGGAACGAAUACUCAGAGGCCAAUUGGAACUACAACACCAACAUCACCAUGGAGGGCAGCAAGAUUCUGCUACAGAACAACAUGCAGAUGGCAAACCAUACCAAGAAGUAUGGCACCUGGGCCAGGCAGUUUGAUGUGACCCACUUCCAGAACGCCACCAUCAAGCGGAUCGUAAAGAAGCUUCAGGACCUAGAGCGGGUGGCACUGCCUACCAAGGACCUGGAAGAGUUCAACCAGAUCCUGCUGAACAUGGAAACCACUUACAUCAUGUCCUCCGUGUGCUAUGAAAAUGGCACCUGUCUGCAUGAGCCUGAACUGACAAAGCUGAUGAGCACGUCCCGGAAUUAUGAAGAGCUGGCGUGGGCAUGGGAGCGCUGGCGGGACAAGGCGGGGAGAGCCACCCUCCCUUUCUUCCCCCAGUACGUGGAACUCAUCAACAAAGCGGCCAGGCUCAACGGCUACACAGACGCGGGGGACUCGUGGAGAGCCUUGUACGAGAUGCCGUCGCUGGAGCAGGACCUGGAGCAGCUGUUCCAGGAGGUGCAGCCGCUCUACCUGAACCUGCAUGCCUACGUGCGCCGCGCCCUGUACCGCCGCUACGGGCCCCAGUACAUCAGCCUGGAGGGCCCCAUCCCCGCUCACCUGCUGGGGAACAUGUGGGCGCAGACAUGGUCCAACAUCUAUGAACUGGUAGUGCCCUUCCCCUCAGCCCCCAAACUGGAUGCCACCGAGGCCAUGAAAAAGCAGGGCUGGACACCCAGGAGGAUGUUUGAGGAAGCUGACAAUUUCUUCAUCUCCCUGGGGCUGCUGCCUGUGCCCCCAGAGUUCUGGAACAAGUCAAUGCUGGAGAAGCCGGCUGAUGGGCGGAACGUGGUCUGCCAUGCUUCUGCCUGGGACUUCUACAACGGCAAGGACUUCAGGAUCAAGCAGUGCACCACUGUGAACAUGGAGGAGCUGCUGGUGGCCCACCAUGAAAUGGGCCACAUACAGUAUUUCAUGCAGUACAAGAACUUGCCUGUGACCCUCCGAGAAGGCGCCAACCCUGGCUUUCACGAGGCCAUUGGGGACGUGCUGGCACUCUCAGUGUCCACCCCCCAGCACCUUCAUGCCAUCAACCUGCUGAGUAGUGAGAGCAGCGGCUAUGAGAACGACAUCAAUUUUCUCAUGAAGAUGGCUCUGGACAAGAUCGCCUUUAUCCCCUUCAGCUACCUCAUCGACCAGUGGCGCUGGAGGGUGUUUGAUGGAAGCAUCAGCAAGGAGAACUACAACCAGGAGUGGUGGAGCUUCAGGUUGAAGUAUCAGGGCCUCUGCCCCCCAGUGCCCAGGACUCAAAGCGACUUUGAUCCCGGGGCCAAGUUCCACAUCCCUUCAAGCGUGCCUUAUCUCAGGUACUUCGUCAGCUUCGUGAUCCAGUUCCAGUUCCACGAGGCGCUGUGCCAGGUGGCUGGCCACAAGGGCCCCCUGCACCAGUGUGACAUCUACCAGUCCAAGGAGGCUGGGACGCGCCUGGCGGAAGCCAUGAGGCUGGGCUUCAGUAAGCCGUGGCCAGAAGCCAUGAAACUGAUCACCGGGCAGCCCAACAUGUCCGCCUCGGCCAUGGUGAACUACUUCAAGCCACUGCUGGACUGGCUCCUCGAGGAGAACAGGCGGCACGGGGAGAAGCUGGGCUGGCCCCAGUACAACUGGACACCGUACUCUGCUAGCUCAGAAGGCUCCUUCCCCGUCACCAGCCGCGUCAACUUCCUGGGCCUGAACCUGGAGGCGCAUCAGGCCCGCGUGGGCCAGUGGGUGCUGCUCUUCCUGGGCGUCGCCCUCCUGGUGGCCACCUUGGGCCUGACCCAGCGGCUCUUCAGCAUCCGGCACCAAAGCCUCCGCCAGCCCCACCGGGGGCCCCAGUUCGGCUCCGAGGUGGAGCUGAGGCACUCCUGAGACGCCGGGCGGCCGGGACGUCCUCCGAGUGAGCGAGGUGGGGCCCUGGGGCGCAGGCCGGGGCUGGGCCACCCCUCCUCGUCCAGCCUGUCCCCCGGCACCGCCCUCCUGACCGCCACCUGUCCCGGCCCCCAGCCCGCACCCAAGUCUCGGGGUGCCCAACACAGAGCCCCCACCCAACCUCUCUGUGAAUACAAUUAAAGGUCCUGCCCUCCCCAAAUGAGUCUGUGUCCCUCACAGGGAAGCCAGGAACAGGGACAGGGCUGCUCUCCUGCCUCCUGGAAGUCUAGGGGCCACUUUCCUGGGUGUCUUCCCCCAUCCUUCUCCAGAGAAGAGCCUCGGAGGCUCCCCCAGAGCCUCAGUGCCCGCCCCAACCAGCCCCCAAGACUUUCUUUCCUGUAGUCCAGGCCACCAGCCAAGUGUCCUCCCCCAGGCCUGCCGAGGGCUGGCGCCGGCCCAGGAGGGCUCUGGGAGGCAGGGGUGGGCAGGGGCGGCCGCGGAGGGGCUGCCGGCCUCACAGCCCACUGCCUGCCCCGGGCCCUGCCCGCUCGGGCUUCCUGUGCCGGCUGUUCCUGUAAAUGGCCAGGUCCCCCCUAGGGGAAGGCUCCUGGCUGUCCCCUGCUGGCCUGGUUGUGUCUGAUUGACCAAGGGGGUCGACCUGGCCUUGGGGUCACCUCGGGCCCCUGCCUGCCCCCUCCCAACGCCGCCCUUCCAGGCCAGCACCAGCCCCAUGCCCGCGUGGUGAGAGGAGCGCCUGGGUCCCAGCCCACCACUCGGGCAUCUGCAGGCCCCAGGCCCCCGCCAGAGGGGCUCCCACUGUGAGGUUCAGCCAUUGCCCGGACACCCCCGCCUGCCCUCCACACAUGCACUCCCUCCGAAGGCUGAGAGGGCUCAGGGAGAAUGCCAUUUGGAGGGACAUUUUAGUAGCUUUGAUCUAUGUGCCUAUUUUAGAAAAUUUGAAAAAUAAAAACCCUUCAUCUCAACACUGAGAAAUGGC